UUACAUAAACUACCAGACACUAUUUAGUCUUCCAUAAAAAUUCUUUUCUCAUUCAAAAAAUUUGCAAUCUUAUUCCUUCCACAUCUAUCCAGAAUGAAUACAGCGUCGUUAGAAAAGCUUGCUUCCUUUUGCAAGUCGCUGCGCGACUCGGAGCUGCGUACCCUGGCGCUGCUCGGUUGUCCCAUGAAGAUACGUAAAUCACGACACUUUUUUCAGCUUGUGGUCACUGUGCGCGGACAUGUUGAUAAUGAACUGCCGCCGGAUUCGCGCAUUAGUUGCAAGAUGGUGUUCAUGUGCCCCAAGUUCUAUCCUCGCAGCUUGCCCGAGGUGCAUAUCAGAUCGAAAAAGAACUUUCCCGACUAUUUGGAGAGUGUGAUCUAUUCGGAAUAUGAGCGUGUCACGCAUCUAUAUCGCGGCUCACAGUAUAUAGUACCCAUGGUGAGCAGUGCCUUAUAUAUGAUCGAGCGGGAGGAGCGGAAGUUUGUGCAUGCCAUGGGGUCCGUGGAUGAAUCAAGAAAUUUGUAAGCCCUCGCGGGUUGCACAGCGACUUGUUUAAUAGAAUGCGUUUUUAAUAGUCUUGAGUCAACUAGAAGUGUUUUUAUUUUCUUUCCUAAAAUUAAUCAUGCGUGUGAUUGCGUAUGUCGACCUAACAUUGGACACUUGGGAUUGAGAACAA